AUAAUUCACUAUGGAAUUUCAUUUGCAUCACACACGCACACCUAUACAAAACCAUCAACUUUAGGCUGCAUUUGUCAAAGUGCUUCUAGUGUCAGAUGCAUUUGUUGUACUUGUCGAGAAAACAAGAAGUGAAGCCAGCAAAAUAGAAUUCUUUCUUCCGUGCAGUUGGUUUCACACCGUAUCUCUUGCACUCAACUCGUAGGGUGCUUCUCGACCACCUGAACGCUUAUCAAUCCGCAUCAAAGGCAAAGCAAGCGUAAGGGUGUGUUUGUGUGUGUGCGUGCGUGCGUUUGUUAUUAUUGUGUGCGCGGGGUUGAGCAACACCGACCGAUGGAGGAACCACGGGAAGUGCGGUGCGGACCGAACCUUUCAUCCCCAACGCAGCCAUCGGUCGAACCAGUGCAACGGGCGACCUUCGGUGGUAGGAUGGUAGUAAUCUGCAGAAUUUGUCUUUCCACUCGUCCACGGAUGAUAUCAAUUCACAGCCCAGUCCCCGAGUACGACCAGAAAACACUGUACGCGAUGCUACUGUCCGUCUGCCUGCCACUCAACCAGCGUGAAACGAUACAGGGCUUUCCGGAGCAGAUAUGCCGCAACUGCCAAUGGAAGCUGCUGUCGGCGUACGACCUGUACGAGACAACACUGGCCAGUGACGAACAGCUGCGAGCUCAAAAACAUCUUGCAUUGGUAGCAAAGAUUCCGAAGAAUGUGCAGUCUAGCGAGGCGGCCAAACCGACACCCAGCGUACCCGUGCCAGCGAACGUAGCUAACGAUGGUCUUAUCCGCGUGAAGGAAGAAACUCCCGACGAUGGGUACGAGGACGAGCAACAGUACGGACCGGGCAGUAGCAUCACAGACAUGGACUGCAGUAUGCCGUACGGCGAUACGAGCGGUGAUAUGAGCACGGUUAGUGUCCACCCGGACGUUUCCCUGCUGAUCGGGCGCACCGAGCAGGGCGAGGAGGAAGAUACCAGUAUGCUGCUGGAGGAAACGAAACCCCCGAUUCCGGAUCCGCUGGAGACGUUCUUCGCGGAACAUUACCAGGUGGACGAGAUUAGCGGUGGUCACGUGUGCGGGCUGUGCAAGCGAGAAUUCCCGUACAAGAGCCAGUGCCGGAUGCACAUCGUGCAGAAGCACAACCCCGCCAAACCGUUCAAAUGUGAUAUUUGCUUCUGCACGCUCACCAGCCAUCUGCGCUUGGUGCGGCACAAGGUGGUUGCGCACGGGGCCGGCCAGAUCAAACGCGAGGACAUCAUCGAGGGCCAGAACGACGUUACCGGGGAGCUAACGUAUACCUGUCCGAUCUGUCGGAAGGUGUUCAACUCGUCGGUACGCUUCAAGCGCCACAAAAAUGUGCACGUUGUACAUAAUCGGCCGUUCAAGUGCGAGGUGUGUUUGUACCGGUUUGCCACGAAGCCACAGCUGACACAGCACGCCAAGGUACACGAAACGAAGCCACUGUCCGGUCUGUCGCCGGGCGGUUCCGAGACAGGCGAGUUUGCCUGCGAUCGGUGCGAGGAAAUCUUCACGGCCAAGCGCGCCCUCACGAUGCACUUGAAAAAGGUACACCAGGUGUUCCGGGUACCGGGUGGCGCCAGGCCAGAAGAGCGCGAACGAAGCGAAUACGUUUGCAUCAUCUGUAAGGCGACGUUUGCGCGCGAAACGGUCCUCAACACGCACAUGAAGAUGCACGAACUGUUGGCGGCGGAGAAGGAAAAGGAACGGCGGCUCGAUCUGGAGCGGAUGGUCAAGCAGGAGCUGCAGCAGCAGAUGCACCUGACGAUGCCACCGUUGCCGCCUCUAUCGCCGGAAGUGAUUGACCGGUCCGCUUGCGUGCUGGAACCGUUCACACUCGGGCUCGUGCCAGUAGCCAAACCGGGCAUGCCGAGUACGGGGACCAACAAUAAUAAUAGUAGCAGCAUCAACAACAACAGUCCUCCGGGCGGUGCACCGGCAGACAGUGGUGGGACCGGAGGACCGAGUGGUUUGGUGCAGCAGAGUGGUGCCAAGCGUAAGAUACCGAUGACACCGACCACACCGCACCACAGCAGUGAUAUGGCAUACGUAUGUCCGGUGUGCGAUAUGGAGUUUGACGAACGGGACGUGCUUAAGAAACACCAGAAGGAGCAGCACGCGCGGCUCCAGGUCGGCAUUGUGUCGUCGAAGGCUGGCGAUUCGAUCAGUCCGAACAGUGGGUCCAGUCCGCAGUCGAAGCUAAUGCCACGGUUUACCGACAUGCCGGGUUUGAAAAUGCGGCUGAUGGAUAGUUCCGUCCGGUCAAGCAAAAAGCGACUGCUGAACGAUGCGACCGCCAUGAACCACACCAGCGAACCGUUAGACCACGAUGAAUUGCUAGACACCGAUGGUGGUCAUAUCACUGCCGGCCUCAUGCCGGUCGAUGACAUUCCCGCGAGUGUCGAACGGCGACCCACCGCCGGCGUCACAGCGUCCAUACCCGGCGAGGAACCGUCUCAGUUCCAGUGCGAACUGUGCCAUAAAAAGUUCCCGUACAACUGCUACCUAACGAUGCACAUGCGAAAGAACCACGACAAAACCAAACCGUUCGGCUGUAAAGUGUGCCAUUAUCGUUUCGGAUACCGUGGCACGCUGCUGCGCCAUCAGCUUAUACACUCUUCGCAGCGCGUCCAGCCCGGUAGCCACGGUUCGAUCAUUUUCAAGUGUCGCAUCUGUUCGGCCAAAUUUCUCGAGCUUAAGCAACUAAACGUGCAUCUGAAAACGCAUCGAAAGCAGGCCGAUGAGCAGGAUGGCAAUCGGCAGGUGCAGUUGAUCCGCUGCGACGAGUGUCCGCAGAUAUUUAGCGACCCGGAACAGCUAGCAGCUCACAUGCUGAAGCAGCAUCCGAAGCACCAUAGUACCGAUGAUGAGUUGUACGAUCGGUCGGAUCGGUUGAUGCCGCAGCAGCAGCAGCAGCAGCAGCAGCAUACCGCUCUGCUGAUGAGUGCUUCUUCGUCAGCUUUACGGGACGAUAGCAAUCUUACUGGUUCAUCCACCCUCAACGAUCUCAAACUAAAUUCCGAACAGUCGAAGGACGAUACCAAUGAAGCAUUCAUGAACGAUAACGAUUUAUCGGUAAUUAAGAUAGAGCCAAACUAUGAUUUCCGGAUUCAAGUGGUGCUCGAGGAGCAUGAUUUGCUUGAAUGCAUCCAGAACGAGAUGGAGGAAGUGGAAGAACUUAAAGUGAAAACGGGAGACAGUGACGCCGCUGGUCAGGCGAAGGAAAAGCUGUGUGAAAAGCGCCGGAAGAAGGAACGACGGUGCAAGUCGAUCCUUGUAUCGCGGAUCCAUGACAACAUGCUGGAGUAUGUGCAGGACAAAAAGACCCCGAGAGCGAUUUGGCUUGCGUUGGAAAAAGUGUUCGAGCGUCGCAGCACCGCGUGCCGGCUCCACUUGAAGAAAAAGUUAUCGACGUUUCGGUACGAAGGGGGCAGUUUACAGGAUCAUUUCCUAGCAUUCGAUCGUGUUGUGCGUGAUUAUAAGGCCACUGGGGCAGUGUUGGAAGAGAUCGACGUCGUUUUCCAGUUGAUGAUGUCCCUUGGGCCGAAAUACGCGACGGUUGUGACGGCGCUAGAGACAAUUCCGCAAGAGAAUUUAACGUUAGAAGUCUGGGACCCGAACCGUCGCAAGGUUAUCGCUGCCCGAGAUGUCAUCGUCAACGAGAUUGGAGGUGCUCACAGGCAAGUGGGGCACCAAAAGCAUCAAUCAACAGAAUCUACGGAUGACGUGAUUCGUAUGAGAUCUUCAGCAGAUGCCGAUUGUCCAACUGAUCUGGCUGAAGAAAUACGACCGGAAGCAGAGACGGGCACUGAAUUCGAACCAGCACUGGAGAAUGAUGAACCUGAGAUGAACGAGACCGUCGAAGAUAACCAGUCAUGUAUGCGCGUGGCGGAAGAGCCACGGGAUAGUCGUCGAAUGAAGCAUGUCGACAUAAAGUUCAACUUCAUCCGAGAACAAGUUAAACGUGGCGACAUAACCAUCAAGUACGUUCCUUCAGAAAAGCAGUUGGCGGACAUCAUGACGAAGGGGCUACCGCCUGUAGCAUUCAAGCGUCUUGUGGAGGAGAUUGGAGUGCGAAAACAGCAGCAGCAGCAGAAUAGUUUAGUGGUGUUAGUAUACGUAUUAUCCAUGCCAACGCACUCGUACAUCAGCAACGGUAUGGCGACUUUGAACUACAGAACACCAUCGGCCGCAACGGCACCGACGAAUGGUGGUCAGGCUCAUCAUCAUCAUCCCCAUCAUCACCUCCAUAAUAAUCACCAUUCCUCGGUUAUGCCGAAAAAUAUGUUCGGAAUGUACGGACCCACUGCCAAUCUUGGGUCCAACGCAGGUGGUUUUCUUCAGCAGCAGCAGCAGCAGCAGCAACAGCAAUACCAGCAUCAAGUUCAACCACCGCUACAUCGUAUUCAACAGUCUGCGGCCAUGUAUGCGCCUCCUCCGGCCGUGCAACAGAUGCCUAGCCCGGUAACGACGAUGCCGACAAUGGUGGAGGAUGAUGAGGACGACUUUUUGAGUGAAAUCACGGUACAGUUUGAUGACGGUGUGCAAACGCUGUACGUGGGUCCAGUGGAAAUCAUCGACACCAAAGGAGGCGUCGUCAACGAUCAGCAGCCUACCAAGCCGGCAAUACCUCCAGCAACGUCAAUUGUGCGAUCGCGCGAACGCUUCCAAGAAGAACGAGCAAUCGUAACACUCGAACCAGUUGGCGGCAAGACCAAGAGUCAACCAUUACCGAUGUACCUGCAGCAACAACAGCAGCAUCAAGAGCAGCAACAGCAGCAGAAACUGCUGCAUAAACAGCAACAAAAGCAGCAGCAAAAACAACAGCAAAAACAUCAGCAGCUACUCCAACUGCAACAACAGCAACAGCAACAGCAACAGCGACUGCAACAACAGCAGUAUCAGCAGCAACUACGAAAACAAAUAUCACAACAUCAGCAGCAACAACAGUUAACACAGCCGCAACCACCACAACAAAAAGCGGGUCAAGUUCAGCAGAAGCCUAGGCUGAAGCAGAGCAAGAUGAAAUCGCAAAAACAGCAAGAAUCCGUACAGCAACGCCAACAACAACAACCACAGCAACCGCAGCAACCGCAGCAUCCACAGCAACCACAGCAUCAGCAGAAUGAGGCGCAAAGGAGACAACAGAUGAUACUUAAACAGCAGGCGCUGCUGCAGCAGAUGAAUCUCAUGAAGGCACUAUCACCUGAGCAAUUGGCACUGUGGCAGCAGCAAUCUACGUUCAAAUCGCUGAACGAUGGCUUACAGCUAUCGCAUAACGCGCAACUCCAGCACAAUCAACAGCAGCAGCCUUCUCAUAGUGCUAGUACUAGUAGCAGCAGCAGUGUAAGUGAUUGGCAGCAGACUCAGCAGCAAAUACUGUACCAGCAGCAGUUUGCGCUGCGCUUCCAACAACAGAUGCAAAACAACCAACAGCUCAAGGUGGCACAGAAGCAACCGCCGGAAAAGUCAUUGCCGCCACCGCCAGCAACGCCAGCACGUUCCAAGAUGUGUGUGAAGCAAGCGCCGAUGCUUAACUUUGCACUGCACAAUGUACCAUCGAGCAGCAGCAGCAAUAUGAACAACCAGCCGAAAACUGCUACCGAUGCUGUAAAACGACCACUGUCAUCGGUGGUCGAUGGGCGCAGAACGGGUGGAAAACACAUGGACCCUCCGGUUACACAACCGGCAGCGAAACGUUCAGCGCUCGUGACCGAAACGACGGGACCCAUCGGUGAUAUUGCCCCGGCGACGGUUUUACGAUCUCCACCAACACCGACGCAAAUGGUCACCAUUAGGGUAGCUACCGAAGCUCAACCACAGCAGCAACACCAACCGCCCGUUCUGCUGACACAGCUCAAACAAGAACCCAUGAUCGAGGAGCAAUGCGAGCAGAACGUGCUACCGGAUGUGGUACCAUCGUCCCCACCACCACCACUACUGCCUCCUACACCAGCGACGCCGCUCGUAGAAGUGAAACCUUCAUUAGCUGCCGUAGUAGUGAACGCGGUCGAACCAUCAUCAUCAUCGGCGGCAGAUGCUACCAUGAUGGCUUCCUGCACGGAGAGAACCGUCGCUUCACUAGCGACGGUAAUGCUGGCGUCAAACAAACGUACGGACGAUAAUGUACCAGCGACGGUUGAUGAUGUACCCGUUUUAUCUGUCGCUGAAGUUCCACAUGUUCCGAAUGGAUGUAGCACCAGCAACAGCAUCGAAACAGCUCGCGAAAGGCAAAACAGCAAGGAUGAUGAUAUUCACAGCCCAAUGCCUGUGAACAACGGUACACAGCGGCGGCGGAGUGAAGAGGAGAAAAUGCAGGAAAUGGCGUCUCCAUCACUGCCUGUUACAGUAGCUGUGAAUGACGCCCCCGUCGCUGUAAAACGUGGACGUGGACGUCCACCAAAAACAUCAUAUCACAAGCCUGCCCCAACGCCAAAUGUAGUGGCGGAAUCAUCAGCGCCAAAAGAAACUAUCAACGAUUCUACAACAACGAUCGUAGAACAACGUGGUGAUGUGGUCAACGAUUUGAAUGACAGUAUUAACAUCAACGUCGAAUCGCAAGCUUCCGAGGUAAAGAAAUCAUCUAAGAAGAAAGGAUACAUAUCCGUGGCGGCUCUUUUCGCACCGGCAAAGACUGCCCGAAAGCAUCAAAAGUCGUUAAAUGUGGCUAAGAAGGAGGAGAUCAGCACAAUUAUAGCAGCAGAACCUGUACCCGUAACAGCUGCAACGAUUGAAGAAACAGAGGUAGCAGCUAGUGCAACAGUUGUUACGGUUGCAGCAAACGAACUCGUAGUAGCUGAACAUAAGACUGAGCAAAUGAUAUCUACCCCGGCCGUGAGUGUUACAGUGAAUGGGCGGGACGAUACGGAAGUGAACGGGCUUAGUACCUUACAGGACGAGAUUGCCGUACAAAGUCCGCUCCCGGCUGUGGGAAAGGCUACACGCGAAGAAAGCGUUGUCAGUGGUGAUGGUGGUGAAUCGUCCGUGUCGUCUUCGACUGAAGAAGGUUUGAGUAGUGUGGCGAAACAAUCGACCCACCUUUUGCUGGCCGGCGUAGUUCCGGACACGGAGAAAGAAUCUUCCCCAGCUAGUGAUAGUGGGAUUGAGUCGGUAACUGAAACGGGCACAAUCAAUGCGAGUAAAAAAAGCAAAGAACGCUCCAGAUCAUGUUUGGUGAGCGUUCCGAGUCCGUCGAAUCUUGAAGAUAAAUCUCCGCAGACGAACGAUAAACCAGCAGUGAAGGUGGAAAGCGAACAAAAGCCUCGCGCUGUGAGCCGCAGACAGACUAUCGCCGCAGCAGACAUUAUCAAAAACGUCUCUAACGAUGAGGAGGAAAAUAUUGGUCGGAAAGGCAAACGUACCGGGCGUGCUAAUCGAACACUGUCCGCAAAAGCAAAGGAAGCGGCUGAGGCAGCUGAGGCUGUUGAGGCGGUCGAAGCGAACGAAGCGGCCGAAGCAGUCGAAGCAGCCGAAGCGGCGGAAAGUGCGUCUAGCGUGUCCGUUUCGAGCCGGGAUGAAUUAAAGUGUCCCAAGUGCAAAAUGCAGUUCAAAACAGAGCUGUGGUACAGAAAGCAUUUGCUAAACUAUCACGACAUCCAGCUGGACCAGAGUAUGCAGUUGCUUUUGGAUGAUGGACCAUCGUCGAGAGCCGAAGAUGAAACAGAUCCCUCUCCUCCUUCGACUGUCGAGGAACCCGAACUACUUGUUCCUGUAAAUGGCAGCGUAAAAGGUGACGAGAAUUGUGUGGCAAAUGGUUUACCGACCGCCGAAGCAAUAAUCGAAGCAGUUGCCGGUGAAGAGCCACAAAAUGAUACCGAAAUGGAACAGACGUCCGUACCGGUUGAGGUGGUUUCGUCAAAAAUCGAGCUGCCCGUUGUCGAAUCGAAAAUUUCCGGUGGACGCAAAAGGAAAUCCACACCUUCUAGUGCCGCAAACGCUUCCUUGGAGGAUGUGAGUAACGAGAUAACACCGUCGUUGGAUGCAACAACGAUGCCUAGCAAUGGUUCUGUCGCUGCUGAGGAAUUACUUCUUCCUGCAGUCACCAACGUGAAGGUGGAGUACCGCACACCCGGUGCACACAGUCGCGAUCUGGCGGAAGCUGAUGAAGCUGAGGGAAGUGACGAGUUCGGCUCAUCGCCACUGCCGAACGCUAGAAAUCGUAGUAAGACGUCACGCCGCAAAUCGCAAAUAGCGACGCCGCCGGUAGUUGAAACCACCACUAAAGUGGAAAAACCGGACCCAGACGAUCCGGAAAAGCUGACACCGUUCGAGGCGGCCAAGGUGACUAUGAUCGAGUCGGAGCUGACUGGCGAAACGCACUACACUUGCACCAUCUGUGGUGGGCAGUUUACGGGCAAAUCCUCCAUCAAGGAGCACCUGGCAACGUCGCAUGCUGCGAUCAAGCGACGCUCGUGCGAGUACUGUGGUCGCACGUUCAUCCAAACCGGUGAUCUGACGCGGCACACUCGCAUCCACACGGGCCACCGCCCGUUCAAGUGCCCGGUGGUGGAAUGCAGCUUCGCCUUUAUCUCUUCCGGCGAUCUGCACAAGCACGUACGGCGACACAACCAGCAACCGUUGCCGAAACCGCACGUGUGCGACCAGUGCGGCAAGGAUUUUGAGCGUUCGUACGAUCUCAAGCGCCACAAGACGAUGCACGCCAAAAGUGAGCCCGACUUUAAGGGCAUCUCGUGCGGCGUUUGCGGGAAGGUGUUUGCCCGCCAGGAUCAGUUCCGUGCGCACACGUACCGGCACAUCGGCUACCGGCCGUACCAGUGUGAGAUCUGUGGCAAAGCAUUUACCGAUCCGAGCAACUACUCGAAGCAUGCCCGACUGCACGAAAUGGAUGGGGUCGAGGUGGUGUGCAACUUUUGCGGCCGUCCGUUCAAAAACAAGAGCGCCAUCUCGAAGCACAUCUUCCACUGCCAGCAGAAAACGUCCGGCGUUCGUAAAACGUCCGACAGCAAGAAGCGAAGGGGUAGUGGCGGCGGCGAUACGAAGAAGGAGGAAGGCAAGAAAAGUCGACGCGUGGGAAUGGCGGUCGGGUAUGGGAAGGAUAGCGAAGACGACACGACAGGGAUGAUGGUGAAUCCGAAGCAGGAACACAUCGCGUUCGAUGAGCAGCGACCGAUCGUUACGAAGCGUGAGCUGGUGGAUUCGGAGCUGGAAAGCGGUUCACCUUCCGGCGGAGGGCGCAACAAGCAGCAACAGAAACAACAGCAGCAUUCGUCGAGGAAGCGUAAGAAACGCCGUCAGCGAACGCCAUCCUCGUCCGAGGAAGAGGAUGACGAUGAUAGUGGAGAUGAUUUUAUUGGUCCGAGCUCUUCCUACGAACAGUACGGAACCACCUCCGCCGAAACAGUAAAGCGGGAUCGUCGUAGCCGAAAGCUAUCGAUCGCGCAGUACGAUGCAGACAAGUAGUAAGUGACAAGUGCUCUUCCACGAUGGAGAAACAGUUUUAAGCGCAAAGGUGUUUGUACUUGCAAAUCGGCUCGUUUCCAAGGGACGAUUUGCGUUGAAUUUUGUUCAGCUCAGUAAGCGCAGAACACUGCUCCGGCUACAUACACUGGAAACUGGAAGCUUCCUUCUCUAUUUUGAACUUAUAAGCAAUAAUGACACAUACCGAGCGAAGUGUGUAAAGAGAGUAAUAGAUAUUAUAUUUAGCGUCUGCGAAGUAUCGCUAAGGCACCACGUAUAUUCGAUUUAAUUGAAUAAUGAGGUAUUGCACUACUAGAGAAGAGAACUGAAAUUACGGGGGAAAAACUAAGUGAACUACACUUGUUCUUACUUACGUGGUUGUCUUAGGUGGGAAAGCAUUUUGAACUCGGUAUCAAGUAUCGUUUGGAAGUAACGAUAGGUUCGUCGCUUGUGCGCUUUUCCAUAUAAAUUGGCGAGAAUAUUAGUGUUCUGUACUCCUGUGUGUUUCGCUUGAUUUUGUAUCUUUUGUUUCAUAAUAUUUUUGUUCAUUUUUCGGGCAGCAAAAAACUCUUUACCGAUUCUUGUUUACUACCCACACGACGAGUACCGAGCGAGCGCGCACAGCAAGCGUUGAUUAUUAUGGCCUACAGAGGAUGAGAUGAGAAUGAGAUGAGAAUGAGAUGAAGUGAGUGAACUGAGUAGGAAGGCAGUAGGUGAGCAUUGUGAACAUUAUCUCACUGAAAAAUUGGGAUCAGCUCUCACAAAUCAGAGGAUCGCUUUAUUAGUGGUACACAAGAAGUAAACGUCUCGAUUGGGUCGAUCUUCAAGAAAAACCCCCCAGGUGGGUUCAACGCAAAGAAGAAGUAGCAUCUUGGUUAGCUUUUUUUUUGCUUCUUAAAUUAUUUAAACCACAAACUCCUUUCGUUCUUUUUUCGCCCUUUUGUUGUGCUCCCAUAAUCAGUCCUUUUGUGCAAUUAGUUGGUAAGCCAGACAUGUUCAAUUUAGUUUUGCUUAAGUACGCCUAGAAUUCCAUACGCUAAUGCUACACAUAAUUAUACUUCUUGCCCCGCCUCUCCCGCCGGUACCUUUCCACCAGUUCUCUCUUCUUCGUACCGUAAGUAAGAUGCAAGCCGAAACCUACAAUUCUAAAAGAAGCAAAAUAACAUAUUUACCUGAGAGAAGAAAACAUUGUGUGUAUAGAAAGAGCGACGGCUUAUCUUUUAUGAUAAUAGUGAUGGGAGAUGCGCUAGUGAUAUAGAAAAAAAACAAAAGACCAACUUUUCGGUUGUGUAACGAAAAGCCUAAACGAAGAAACACUCAACACAAGUAACUCGGUUCAACAUUCCGCGGGUUUGUCAGGCUCUGAUUUGUGGUCCGUGUUCAGUGUGAAUGCGUGUCACCCUUCCCUUUUUUGUUUGCUCAUCAUUUAUCCCGCUGGUGGUACGGUAAUCCCCACUGGCCGCGCUUCUUGUCUUGAGAAUGCGCGCGAUAUUUAUAGUCUGCUAAUUUUAAUUCCAUUUUGCAUUUCUCGUGUUAGGGGGGUGGUUAAGAAGUGCGAAAGCUUAUAUAUAACUGCUACUUCCUACAACUACUACACCACCAACCAUCCCCAUGUCGGUCAUUUAUGGUGGUUUAACAUGAAGGAUACGCGCUUUCGAAUAUUCCUUUUGGUUUCGAUUUAGUUUUUUUUUCCUAUUUAAGUGCUAGUAAGAUAUCAUUACAAGACAAUUAGUGUGUAUCGCUGCUAUUCCUUUUCUUACGCGCAACAUUUAAAAGACAGAUAUUAUUUGAACGUUUACAGAGACGUAUUAUUACUAAACUUCCAAAAUAUACAUUCUUUUUUUUAUCGGUAUCGAACACUUAACUUGAUAGUGUGUGGACUGUAAGCAUUCCUUUGAAUUUAAAUGAGCCGCUGUCGAGUGGUGACGCCACGAAAUGAGAACUAAGUAAAACAAAGCAACAGUAAAAAAAAGGAUAUCAACACCAAGAUGUUUGGAAUAAAAAGAGAGAGAAAAAAGGAUGUUUGAAAGAAUGAAGUAUUUUCGGGACGAUAAAACGUUUAACUAUUGUGUGAGGUGUGGAGGAAAGGAGAACCUUUUUUUUGUAUUUAUAAGACAAAUAAACUGCAGCAAGCGGAUGGUUCCGCCAAUUUCUUAUA